UUCUGACUUUCUUACACAUUCUUGCUUUGUGUGCUCGCCAUGGAAAGCCUGGAUUUCGGAAAGGAAAAACGUUACUUUAUCCGUGGGAAACACGCUGCUAUCAUCUGUGCCGUUGUCGUAGUGACAGCUGUUGCUGUGGGGCUUGGGGUCGGUUUGAGCCAGAAGACCUCCUCAUCAGAAGAUGAAACCAACACGACACCGUCACCAUCACCAUCACCAACACCAUCACCAACACCAUCACCAUCACCAUCAACCCCGCCCCCACCUGCUGACCGGGGACCCUGCAAACCAUCCAACAGCACAAACGGUGGCUGGCGCAAUUUCCGGCUGCCUGACCAUAUCGUACCAUUGCAUUACGAUUUGCACCUGGAGCCUGACCUCAACACAGACACCUACACCGGGAGCGUGUCCAUCCACCUCAGCCUGACGCAACCCAGCUCGCACCUGUGGCUCCACAUCCGGGAGACGUUCGUCACUGCAGUGCCCUCUUUACAGCACAAAGGGCCAUCUAGUUUGACCUCUGUCGGAGUGAAGGAAUGCUUCGAGUACAAGCCACAAGAGUAUGUGGUGGUGGAGGCAUCCGAGCAACUGAAAGUCACAGGAACGGAUGAAAGCUACGUUCUCACUCUGCACUUCCAAGGCUGGCUCAAUGGGUCUCUGGUGGGUUUCUACAGGACCACUUAUAUGGCUAAUGGAGUUCUCAAGAAAAUAGCUGCCACAGACCAUGAACCCACGGACGCUCGUAAAUCUUUCCCCUGUUUUGAUGAGCCCAACAAAAAAGCCACCUAUACUAUCUCCAUCACCCAUGACAGUGCAUAUGAAGCUCUGUCCAACAUGCCUGUGGAGAACAUAGAAACACUGUCAGAUCAAAAGACCAAAACCUCCUUUAAAAAAUCAGUAAAGAUGAGCACCUAUUUGGUAUGCUUUGCGGUGCACCAGUUUCAAUAUGUGGAGCGGAUGUCAAAGAGAAACAUACCAUUACGGAUCUACGCUCAGCCUUUACAGAUAGAAACUGCGAACUAUGCUGCCAAUGUCACCAAGAUCAUAUUUGAUUACUAUGAGGAGUAUUUUGACAUGGAAUAUUCCAUAGAGAAACUAGAUAAGAUAGCAAUUCCUGAUUUUGGGACGGGUGCGAUGGAGAACUGGGGUUUGAUCACCUACAGAGAAACUAACCUGCUGUUUGAUGAGAAUGAGUCAUCGUCAUACAACAAACAGCGUGUGGCCAGUGUCAUCGCACAUGAGCUCGUCCAUCAGUGGUUUGGAAAUAUUGUGACCAUGGACUGGUGGGAUGACCUGUGGCUGAAUGAAGGCUUUGCCAGUUUCUUUAAAUAUGUUGGAAUGGAACAAGCAGAACCCGACUGGGGAAUGCGUGACAUCAUGCUCAUCAUUGAUGUGUUUCCUGUCAUGGUUGAUGAUGCACUUCUCUCCUCCCAUCCUAUUAUUGUGGAUGUGUCCAGCCCGGCUGAGAUCACAUCAGUGUUUGAUGGCAUCUCGUACAGCAAGGGAGCAUCUAUUUUAAGAAUGCUGGAGGACCUGCUUGGCCGUGACACAUUUAGGGAUGGAUGUCGAAGUUACCUGAAGGCUUACCCCUUCCAGAAUGCAAAGACUGCAGACUUCUGGAAAGCCUUGACUAAUGAAAGUGGCAGACCUGUAGCAGACAUUAUGGACACGUGGACCAAGCAGAUGGGAUAUCCUAUGCUAAAUCUGACCACCACAAACACUAAUGCUAAACUCACCCAGACCAGGUUUCUCCUGGACCCCAAUGCUGACCCAUCUCAGCCCAGUAGUCCCCUGGGCUACAAAUGGACCAUUCCUGUCAAAUGGAACUCACUAAACUCCAACAAUGACUCCAUCAUAUUUGACAAGGGACAGACAGAGCUGGUCAUUCCUGGAUAUUCUCCUACCAGUGAUGGUCUCAUCAAAGUCAACAAAGACCACAUGGGCUUUUACCGAGUACAUCACAAUGACAUUAUGUGGACCACUAUCAGCGAGCAACUUCUCGCAGAUCAUCUGGUGUAUGACGCAACCGAUCGAAGCAGCUACAUUGAUGAUGUGUUUGCAUUUGGACGGGCAGAUAUCAUUGAUUAUGCAAAUGCCUUCAACUUAAUGAAGUAUCUCAUCAAUGAAACCGAGUACAUUGUGUGGGAUCGAGUCUCAACUUCAAUCUCAUACGUGGCAAACAUGCUGGCUGAUGAUGCAGUGCUGUACCCUAAAUUCCAGAAACUCUUCCGUGAUCAUGUGCAGAAGAUAUCCAAGGCUCUUGGGUGGAAUGAUGAGGGGACCCAAACAGAGCGGCUCCUGAGAGAGACGGUGUUGGGCAUCGCAUGUCAGAUGGGGGAUCAGGAGGCUCUUAAUCAAGCCUCUGAUAUUUUUAAUAAAUGGAUUAAUGGAACACUGAGCAGUGUGGCUGUGAACUUACGGUUGCUGGUGUAUCGUUAUGGUAUGAAGAACUCUGGGUCAGCAGCAGGAUGGGAGAUCAUGUUCCAGAGAUAUCUCACAGCAAAUCUCGCACAGGAGAAAGACAAGCUGCUCUAUGGCCUGGUAUCAGUGGAAGAUGUCACACUUCUGUCUAGGUUGCUAGAGGCCACUAAGACUGAAAGCAUUAUAAGGAGCCAAGAUGUUUUUACCGUAGUGCAAUAUGUGUCCCGAAACAAAUAUGGUAAAACCAUGGCGUGGGACUGGGUCACGCUUAACUGGGACUAUUUAGUAAACAGGUAUACUAUCAAUGACAGGAAUUUAGGCCGCCUGCCCUCCAGAAUUACUGGCACGUAUAACACCAAGCUGCAGCUGUGGAAGAUGGAGAACUUUUUUGCAUUGAACCCGAAUGCAGGAGCAGGUGCGAUGCCCAGGAAACAAGCUCUAGAGACAGCGAGGAACAAUAUUGAAUGGAUGAAACGAAACCUGGAGGAGAUAAAGCUCUGGCUGGAGAACAAUGUGUCUUAGUGCUGUACAUGAGUUCAUGACUGAUUUUACCACUAGCCAUUACAUCACACAUUGUUCACGAAGUUUAGUUAAAUUAAUGGAAUUAAUUGCUCAGGGCAGCUUGAAAAUGAAUUUGUAGCU